AUGGAGGAAGAGGGCAAGAAGGGCAAGAAGCCUGGAAUUGUGUCGCCGUUUAAACGAGUAUUCCUAAAAGGUGAAAAGAGUAGAGAUAAGAAAGCCCAUGAGAAGGUGACAGAGAGGCGCCCUCUGCACACUGUGGUGCUGUCCCUGCCCGAGCGCGUCGAGCCCGACAGACUGCUGAGCGACUAUAUCGAGAAGGAGGUGAAGUAUUUAGGUCAAUUAACAUCCAUACCAGGAUACCUGAAUCCUUCCAGUAGGACCGAAAUCCUGCAUUUCAUAGACAAUGCAAAGAGAGCCCACCAGCUCCCCGGACACCUGACCCAGGAGCAUGACGCUGUGAUCAGUCUGUCUGCCUACAACGUCAAGCUGGCCUGGAGGGACGGGGAGGACACCAUCCUCAGGGUCCCCAUCCAUGACAUUGCUGCCGUGUCCUACGUGCGAGAUGAUGCCUCACACCUGGUGGUCCUGAAGACAGCCCAGGACCCCGGCAUCUCCCCCAGCCAGAGUUUGUGUGCAGAAAGUUCCCGAGGCCUCACCACAGGCUCCCUGUCGGAGAGCGGAGUGGGGCCUGUGGAGGCAUGCUGCCUGGUGAUCCUGGCCGCGGAGAGCAAGGUUGCCGCGGAAGAGCUGUGCUCCCUGCUUGGCCAGGUCUUCCAGAUCGUGUACACGGAGUCCACCAUCGACUUCCUGGACAGAGCCAUAUUUGAUGGGGCCUCGACACCCACCCACCACCUAUCCCUUCACAGUGAUGACUCUUCCACAAAGGUGGACAUGAAGGAGCCAUAUGAGACGGAAGCCAGCACUUUCUCCUUCCCCGAGUGUGCACAUGCAGGUGGCGUCUCGCCCUUGUCCUUCUGCAUGCAGACAGCACCCCAUGCCAAGACAGUUAGCGAGAGUGAGCUGAGCGCCACGGCUGCCGAGCUUCUGCAGGACUACAUGCUCACGCUGCGCACCAAGCUGUCAUCACAGGAGAUCCAGCAGUUCGCAGCACUGCUGCACGAGUACCGGGACGGGGCCUCCGUGCACGAGUUCUGCAUCAACCUGCGGCAGCUCUACGGGGACAGCCGCAAGUUCCUGCUGCUCGGUCUGCGGCCCUUCAUCCCUGAGAAAGACAGCCAGCACUUCGAGAACUUCUUGGAGACCAUUGGGGUGAAGGAUGGCCGUGGGAUCAUCACGGACAGCUUCGGCAGGUACCGCCGGGCCACGAGCUCCACCUCCACCUCCACCUCCAAUGGGAACAGGGCCGCAGGCAGCUCUGACGACCAGUCUGCGCCCUCGGAGGGGGAUGAGUGGGACCGCAUGAUCUCGGACAUCAGCAAUGACAUCGAGGCGCUGGGCUGCAGCAUGGACCAGGACUCAGCCUGA